AUGGGCUCCUCGUCCACUCCGGUGGCCGCGGCAGCGGUGGCGCCGAGCCGGCGCAAGGUGGCGCUCUACCUGGCGCUCCUCACCCUGCAGUACGGCGCCCAGCCCCUCAUCUCCAAGCGCUUUGUCCGCCAAGAUACAAUAGUGACCUCACUAGUUCUUGCAACGGAAGCAGCAAAGGUUAUUUGUGCAAUCAUUUUAUUGAUUGCAGAGGGUAGUCUGAAAAAACAGUUCAAUAACUGGACUCUCACUGGAUCACUAACUGCGUCUGGACUGCCUGCUGCCAUCUAUGCCCUUCAGAAUAGUCUGCUGCAAGUAUCAUACAAGAAUCUGGAUUCCUUGACCUUUUCAAUCCUUAACCAGACUAAGCUUUUGUGGACAGCAUUUUUCACAUUUCUUAUUUUGGGGCAAAAGCAAUCUUCCAGGCAAAUUUUAGCAUUGGCCCUCUUAAUUGGUGCUGCUGUUCUUUUAAGUGUGGGGGAGAGUAGUAGCAAAGGUUCCAAGGGUGGUGGCUCUGACUAUAUCUUGCUAUAUGGGAUCAUUCCAGUUACAGUCGCUUCUAUGCUGUCUGGGUUGGCUUCUUCAUUGUGUCAGUGGGCAUCUCAGGUUAAAAAACAUACCUCUUACAUGAUGACUAUAGAGAUGUCAUUUAUUGGAAGUAUGUGCUUGUUAGCAAGUACCUAUCGAUCACCAGAUGGAGAGGCCAUCAGGAAAUAUGGAUUUUUCCAUGAAUGGACUUUCUGGACUGCGGUGGUUCCUCUCAUUGGGAGAAGAUAUACCUGGUCCAACGGGCCUGCAUCCCUGACAUUGGUUCACCUUGACAGAGCAUUUUUUCAUGGCAGAUUGGGAGGUGAUCUUCCCCAACUGUCUCUUACAAAGUGCGGCAACAAUGCUGUCAGAUCACUGCCUACUACUCCUUGGCUUGCACGACAACCCAUCUAUGAAACGCUGGUUCCACUUGGAGAGUUUCUGGACUGA